AUUGGCUUCCGUCUUGCUUUGCCAUGUGAAUGUGUAGGCCAGUCGCAGGACUGGAUGCUGACAUAUCGUCGACGACAAUUUGAACAAACGGGUUGAACUUCGUCACACUUGGAAGAGGUCAGUUACCCAGCCUAGAAAAGGGGAGAUGAAUGAGGCAUCGGUCGUACGGUACCUUCACCUUUCGGAACCGACACUCUCGGCACCCAGACCGAGACUUUGUAAGCAUUGGUCUAUAUCCACUGCGGUAUAUAACCCUGAAGAUGCGAAGAUGCGAAGAUGCGAAGAUGCGAAGAUGCGAAGAUGCGAAGAUGCGAAGAUGCGAAGAUGCGAAGAUGCGAAGAUGCGAAGAUGCGAAGAUGCGAAGAUGCGAAGAUGCGAAGAUGCGAAGGUGCGAAGAUGCGAAGAUGCGAAGGUGCGAAGAUGCGAAGGAUUAAAAUAGCUGAAGUAUUGGCACUAAGGAUGAUGAGGGUGACGAUGGAAGAGGCGGUGUAAGUAGGCAUUUAGUGACACUUAAGUAACCGAGGAGGCUUGUUAGUGCUGAC